AGUGUGGAAGUGUUUUGGGUUCCAUAAAAAUGCAGAGGGAUUGUUGGUCGAAGAUGGUUUCCCUUUGUGUAAAACAUGUGGCAGAAAAGUGGCAGCGAAACACGGGAACACCUCCAACAUGUUCACUCAUCUGCGAGACAGAUCAUGUGGAUGGCCGGGUGCGUGUGCGUCAUUUACCUGGUGAAGAGAUGGCAGCAGGAUGCACUAUGGGAAGAAGACAGGCAGGUGGAGGCAGUGUGAUGCUCAAUGUUCUGCUGGGAAACCUUGGGUCCUGGCAUUCAUGUGGAUGUUACUUUGACACCUACCAACUACCUAAAGAUUGUUGCAGACCACGUACACCCCUUCAUGGCAACAAUAUUCCCUAAUGGUAGUGACCUAUUUCAGCAGGAUAAUGCACCCUGCCACACUGCAAAAAUUGUUCAGGAGUGGUUUGAUCAACAUGACAAAGAGCUCAUAGGUGUUGGUGUUGACUUAACCUCCAAAUUCCCCAGUUCUCAAUCUGACUGAGCAUCUAUGGGAUGUGCCAGACCAACAAGUCCAAUCCAUGGAGCCCCCACCUUACAACUUACAGGACCUAAAGGAUCUGCUGCUAACGUCUUGGUGCCAGAUACCACAGGACACCUUCAGAGGUCUUGUGGUCUCGACGGGUCAGAGCUGUUUUGGCAGCACGAGGGAGACGUACACGAUAUUAGGCAGGUGGUUUUAAUGUUGUGGCUGAUCGGUGUGUGUGUGUGUAUAUAGAUAUACUGAUAUUUACUUAUGGAUUUACCAUGCAUCACCUAUAUUUUCUGUGUGCAAACACACUUCUUUUGAGACACUUUGUGAUGUUGCAUCAUAUUCACUAGAUGGCACUAACAAUCAGAGUGCGUUUCACUUCACAGAACAGGAAUCUAUACUGUAAAAAGUGGAAAACAGCAAUUGUUCACUUAAAGAGAUAUUUCUACAUGACCUAACCCUGAGCAUUGUUUUUAGUGUAACCCAAUGUAUUCAGGUUGAUUCAGUGAUGUUAAAUAACAUUUUUUACUUGAAUAAAACCAUUAAAUUAUGAUGGUACCACACUAAGCACAUUUUAGGUUACUACCAUUUUUUGCAGUGUACACUCUUACUGUAAAA